AUGGCCGAACAAGAAGCCAGUGGGCUGCAGGUCCUACUGCACACGCUCCAGAGCUCCUCAGACCGGGAGUCCAUCCUGACCAUCCUCAAGCUUCUUGGAGAUCUGCUUUCUGUUGGUACAGACCGGAGGAUCCGCUACAUGAUCAGCAAGGGUGGGAGUGAAGCUCUUCUGCAGACCCUGGUGGAAACAGCCAGGACGGCUUCUCCGGACUAUGUCAUCCUCCUGCCGCUCUUCCGGCUGCUGGCCAAAGUUGGCCUCCGAGAUAAAAAGUUUGGACAGAAGGCCCUGGAAUUGGAAGCACUUGAUGUGACAUUGAUUCUGGCCAGGAAAAACCUGUGCCACAGCCAGAACCUCCUCCACUGCCUCUGGGCUCUGCGUGUCUUUGCCUCGAGUGUCACCACAGGAGCCAUGCUGGGGAUUAAUGGAGCGAUGGAACUGCUUCUCAAGGUCAUCACCCCUUACACCCAGAAGCACACCCGAGUGAUCAGGGCAGCCGCUGAAGUCCUGGCAGCACUGCUGAAAUCCAAGUCUAACAGCCGCAGGGCAGUGAACAGAAGCUAUGUCCCCAGUUUGCUCAGGCUGCAUCAGGAUUGGCACAGCCACGACACAGCCAAUUCCUUCAUUCUGAUCCGCUGGGCGCUUCUGCUCUGCCUCAAGCGUAUUGCCAAGCUCCGGUCGGGCAGGGAGGCCUUCCUGGCAGCUCAGGGCAUGGAGAUCCUUUUCAGCACCAUACAGAACUGCCUGGAUGACCAAAGUCUGGAGCCUGUCAUCUCCAUUGUUCUUCAGAUCCUGAGACAAUGCUACCCUAAGAGUCCACUUCCCUUGGUCACAACCAGCAGCGCUUAUUCUUUUCCAGUUCCUGGGAUCAUCACCUCUGAAACUCCAUGUGUUCUAACUGAAGAAGAUUAUGAAGAUGAUGGUGAGGAAGAAGAGGACAAAGACUCAGAUUCUGAAGAUGUGAAAGAGGAAGAUGAUGACUUGGAAACAGAUGUGAACAAGCUGAGCUCCAAACCUGGUCUUGACCGGCCUGAAGAAGAACUAAUGCAAUACAAGGCGAUGUGUCUUGAGCUUUCCUGCAGCUUUGAGGAACUGGAGUCCAAGCCUGGAGAUGAUCUGAAUUCUGAUGAGACUGAGUAUGCCAAUCACCGUCACAUUCCGACUGCUGCCUCCCCAAAGGGGCUUUGCUUGAAUAAGGACCAAAUCUCCGGGGGACAAGAAAAAGAAGUCCCAGUCCAAACCUCUCUUCUGAGCAGGGUGAAGAUGGGGAGGUCCAACAUACAUCUAACUUCCAAACGAGGACCUGGAAUGAUUUCAUACCAAAAUGUACACUCUAAUGGUCCUGGGAUAGGUUCUUCUGGAAGUGAUGUCUCAAGCAUUCAGGCAUCCUUCCAAGAGGAUGCUUGGGACAUGGAUGCAAUUUCCUGCCCAAGGAUAAGUGCUUCCUUUUCCAAUUCUGCUAAGACUAGAGAAACUGCCAAAUUCAUAGAUCAGCUCCUGCAGACACAUCUGAAGCCUGUGGUCUUCCAUGACCCCUAUCUUUAUAUGGCCAAAGCCGGGAUAACCAGAUCUGUGGCUGACUUCACCAGGAUGGCAUUUCCUGAUUUCUGGGGACAUUGUCCACCUCUCUCUGCCCAGCCUAUGUUGCAACGUAAAUGUGGAGUCCAAAGGAUCAAGAUACUUGAGGAUGUCCGGAGACUCAUCCAGCCAAGUGAUAUUAUAAAUAAGGUUGUCUUCAGUUUAGAUGAGCCUUGGCCUUUGCAAGAUACUGCUUCUGACUGCUUGCAGUUCUGCUCUGCGUUUGAGUCAGGAAAUCUUCGCAAAGCCAUCCAUGUGCGUCAGUUUGAGUAUGACUUACUGGUCAAUGCUGAUGUGAAUAGCACGCAGCACCAGCAGUGGUUCUACUUCAAGGUGAGUGGUAUGAGGGCCGCUAUCCCCUACCGCUUCAACAUCAUCAACUGUGAGAAGCCCAACAGCCAGUUCAAUUACGGGAUGCAGCUGACUCUGUAUUCCGUGAAGGACGCUCUUCUUGGCAGGCCCACCUGGGUACGGACAGGCUACGACAUCUGUUAUUACAAAAAUCAUUAUCGCCAGAGAACAGCCAUAACAGGGGCAGCUUCUGGAAAGUGCUAUUACACGCUCACCUUUACCAUCACCUUCCCGCAUGCCGAAGAUGCCUGCUAUCUGGCUUACCACUAUCCCUACACCUACAGUGCCCUCAUGACUCACCUUGACAUUCUGGAAAAAAGUGUGAACCACAAGCAGAUAUACUUCCGACAGGAGGUUCUCUGCCAGACGCUAGGAGGGAAUUCCUGUCCACUGGUGACUAUCACGGCCAUGCCGGAGUCUAACAGUGCUGACCACCUGGAGCAGUUCCGGCAGCGCCCAUACCAAGUGAUUACGGCUCGAGUUCACCCGGGAGAGAGCAAUGCUAGCUGGGUGAUGAAGGGGACCCUGGAGUUCCUCGUCAGCAGUGACCCUGUGGCUAGGCUCUUGAGGGAAAACUUCAUUUUCAAGAUAAUCCCCAUGCUCAACCCAGAUGGUGUCAUCAAUGGCAACCACAGAUGCUCACUGAGAGGGGAGGACUUGAACAGACAGUGGCUGUCUCCCAGUGCUCAUCUCCAGCCCACAAUCUACCAUGCCAAAGGACUCCUCCACUACCUGGACAGCAUCGGCAGGAGUCCCAUGGUCUUCUGUGAUUUCCAUGGUCACUCCCAAAAGAAGAAUGUAUUCCUUUAUGGCUGUAGCAUCAAAGAGACUUUGUGGCAAGCAGAGUCUACUGUAGGUACAUCGAAUCUCUUGGAAGAUGUCAGCUACCGGACUCUUCCCAAAAUCCUUGAUAAACUUGCACCAGCGUUUACCAUGAGCAGUUGCAGCUUCCUUGUGGAGAAAUCUCGGGCCUCCACAGCCCGGAUAGUGGUGUGGAGAGAGAUGGGGGUGUCCAGAAGCUACACCAUGGAGAGCAGCUACUGUGGUUGCAACCAGGGUCCCUAUCAGGGUCUACAGUUUGGUACCAGUGACCUGGAGGAGAUGGGAGCCAUGUUCUGCUUGGGACUCCUUGUCUUGGAACUCAAAUCUGGAAGCUGCAGCCAUCAACUCCUGACCCGUGCAGCAGCUCUGCUGAAUGCUGAGGAAGAGUCUCUGGACUUCUCCCUGCAGAACAGAGGCAGCAGCAACAACAGCAUCACUUCAGAACUGGAUGACGAGCCUCCCUGCCUGGAGGAGAUCGACUACGGUACUGACAUCAGCUCGGAUCAGGAAGGGAGCUUCUCAGAGCUGGACCGGCAGAUCCAAGAGUGCGCUUUCCACAAGGAUGAGGGAGAGGAAGAAGAGGAGGGGACAGGGCAGGGAAGAAAAACCAUCCCGUAA